AUUGGCGUUGCAUCGCUCUUAAAAAGCUAUAUUGUGAGAAAAAAUCAUGUGUAAAACAAUGUGUGUGUGUGUUAAAACAGUUAUUGUGUAACGUCCGCAACGUGUUUUGUGUGAUAAAACGCAAUUUGUUAUUUUACAUCGAUCGUAGUGGGAAGCGAUAAGGUCAUGGAAAUGGGCAAAACCAAGGUCUGCCAUCGAACCGUCUAUUAUAAAGAAGCAGAGGCGGUGCUGGGACGAAAACAGAAGAACGUCGGGGAGUUUGGUCAUUAUCUCUCAUGGUUUGAAUCAAGACGGCCGGGCACCGGAAAAAUCGCACAGAAACCACAAACAAUAUAGAUGGCUUCUACCACUAGUAACAAAAUUUGAGAAAAAAAAAUGAGAAAAAAUCAACGGUCGGUGCGAGCCAGCCGCCGGAAUGUUGAUAUCCUGCGCGGCCUGCGACAAACCAAUCCUGGAUAAAUUCCUGCUGAACGUCCUGGAAAGGACGUGGCAUGCGGACUGCGUCCGCUGUUUCGACUGUCACGCCCCCUUAACCGAUAAGUGUUUCUCAAGGGAAAACAAACUAUUCUGCAGGAACGAUUUCUUCAGGAGGUACGGUACAAAGUGCGGUGGUUGUGGCCAAGGCAUAUCGCCUAGUGACUUAGUGCGAAAAGCUCGCGACAAAGUGUUCCAUCUCAACUGUUUCACCUGUCUUGUGUGCAGGAAACAGCUUUCAACCGGUGAAGAACUUUACGUUUUAGACGAUAACAAGUUUAUUUGCAAAGACGAUUAUCUCAACGGAAACAAGACGGCCGCCAUUACCGGACACCACCACGGUGGGUCCAGUUCCGAAUUAUCGAUAUUUAAAGGCCUCGCACCCGUCGCUAGCGUAUCGCCAACAUUCAAUUUCAAAUCAAAUUCAUUAAUGGGAUCAGCAUCGGAAGACGAAGAAGACGACGACAACAGUACGGCCUCUUCGGUACUGAAACAUCACACGUUGCACGGUUCCUUACCCCCAGCCCCCGGGGAAACAAACAAUAAUUCUUUACCCCAUUCGGACAUUAGCAGUUCGAUAGGACAGGAUUCGAAAACCGGUCAAGACGACUCUGAAGAUCAGAAUUCCCUUGAUGGUGAUGCCGAAAUGCGCGAUUCCCAAACGGAGAAUAAAAGUCCUGAUGAUAGCAGUGCCGGUUCGAAACGUCGUGGCCCUCGAACGACGAUUAAAGCAAAACAAUUAGAAAUACUGAAGACGGCCUUUUCACAAACGCCGAAACCCACAAGACACAUCAGGGAGCAGCUGGCGAAAGAAACGGGUCUACCGAUGAGGGUGAUACAGGUUUGGUUCCAAAACAAGCGAUCGAAAGAGCGCCGCCUCAAGCAGCUGACUUCGAUGGGUCGCGGCCCCUUUUUCGGGGGCUCUCGCAAAAUGCGCGGCUUCCCCAUGAACCUCUCCCCCGGCGGUCUCGAAGACGGCCCUCCGGGUUUCCCCUACUUUGCCACCGCCGACGGCAAAUUCGAGUUCGGUUACGGCGGCCCCCCAUUUCACCCCCAUGAUGGGCCCUUCUUCUCCGGGCAUCAUCCGGGAGGCGGGGGACCCGGUGGCCAAGGCAUGCCCUUUAACCAAGGAGGUGGACCCAUGGACCACGGUGGUCCCAUGAAUAUGGCGGGGGAUUUUGGGACCAUGCCCAACGAGCAAGGCCAGUUUAUGCCUCAACAGCCGGGACCUGAACAGAUGAUGCCUGGGAAUGGGGGCCGAGGGGGCAGUCCCGAGUUUAUGUCUCCUGGAUCGUUCUCUGAUAACCCCCAGCAGCUCAACGAAGGACUUGUUUGGUAGCUGGCGAAGGCUCUAGCCAAAAGGGCUAGAGAAUGAUUUAUUAUUUGAGUGGUGUAAAUAGUGACGAGGACUGGUUGUGACUGAAAAUGUACCUCGGUUUUGUGCAAUUUUUAUUCAUAUUAACGUUCAUGUCUUUACUUUUGGUUCACAAAAAAAAUUAAUCACCCUGUGUAUAUAAUUUAUUAGUUAACACAAAUUUCAGAAAAGUGCCAAGCAUAGUACAGUGUUGGAUGGGAUCGUCGAAGGUCAAACCCUUCACCUCCUAUCAUAACCAAUUCUGUCCAAUACUGUACAGUUAUUUAAUUCUUUUUUCGUUGUUUGUUUUGUUUAUAUUACACCACAAUGUACUAUUUAUAAAUGUAUAAAAACAAAUCCUAGCUUCUAAAACAAAACUACUUGUAUAUAUUACAUAAAUUCUCGAAGGACGGUUAUUAUAUGUUAUGUUUUUGACUAGGCCUAGUUGUCGUACAAAAUGUUUGUACAGGGACUUGACACGCUGUAUAAAAAGCCAUCCGAUUAUAUAAUUAGUGUAUAUUGUUAAUUUUAGGUGUACUAUUCAAUAAAACAAAUUCUCUAAAC